AUGGCGAAUCGGUCGUCAGGCAGGAGAAAUCCCCGGCGAGCAACGUGGCCGCCGUGGGCAAUCACGUGCAUCCCUCUCCUGCUAAACGCCGCCGCCAUCUACAUCUUCGGUUCGAGCAGGAAAUUCGAGUCGCUGCCCAAACCGGACUGGUUCCCUCCGCUGUGGGUGAUUUAUUUGGGCUCGAUCGGGUCGAGUUUGGUUAUGGGCCUGGCGGCGGCGAUGGUUUGGGCUGGCGGCGGGUUUGUCGGCGGCGGCGCGGCCGUGCAUCUCUACGUUUGUGAGGUCUCGUUGAGCCUUGUGUGGCCGCCGCUCGUGGUCCGGAUCGGAGCCGGGUUGGUUGGAUGGGUGUACUCCUGCGUGCAUUUCGUGACGGUUUUGGGAUGCUACUGGGCUUUCGGGAGGAGGAGCCCGAAGGCGAGGAAGCUCGUUGGGCCGUGUUUGGGCUGGGCCGGGUUUGUGACGGUUUGCACGUUCAAGCUGGUACGUGAUUCCGAGGUUUCUACUUUCUGGGAGUUGGUUGAUUUGUUUGUAGGGUUUCUGGUUGGGUGA